CGUGAAAAGCUAUCAGGAAGAAUUCCAACUCCGAUAAUGGAGCUCUUCCCUCGCGUUUCGGCUACUCUCUGCCGCUCUAAGUUUUUCUUCGCUUCGAACCCAGAGAACCCUAAUUUGCUUCCGUACCGUUCAAGUAAAUUGGGGAAAGAGAGCAGAUUUCGCAUUCAGGCACAGAGCAGCGCCAUUAACUAUGGCCGGCCUGAACUCUCCCCCUCCAAGAAACCAUGGAUCAGACAACGAAGCUUCGCGCCAGUCGAGGUUGAGCAAGGAGAAACAGAAAGUGAUGCCGAAGAAGAAUAUGAAGAGGGGAGAAAUGACGGUGAAGAAGCGAGUCUUCUCUCUCUGAGCAUGAAGCCCGACAGGAACAUGGCGUUGCUCGAUGAUUACGAGAUGGAGGAGCUCGAUUAUGUCCCUGACACUAGUCAUCGCAGCGGAUACGUGGCGGUGCUGGGGAAGCCGAACGUGGGAAAAAGUACUCUCGCAAACCAGAUGAUCGGGCAGAAGCUAUCCAUUGUUACAGAUAAACCUCAAACGACGAGACACCGGAUUCUCGGUAUAUGUUCUGGUCCAGAAUAUCAGAUGAUACUUUAUGACACGCCUGGCGUCAUUGAGAAGAAGAUGCACAAGCUGGAUUCCAUGAUGAUGAAGAAUGUCCGGGAUGCUGCAAUCAAUGCGGAUUGCGUGUUAGUUCUUGUUGAUGCAUGUAAAAUGCCUGCAAAAAUAGAAGAAGUUUUGGAAGAAGGCCUGGGGGAUCUGGAAAAUAAGCCGCCCAUGUUGCUUGUUAUGAACAAGAAAGAUCUGAUCAAACCUGGUGAAAUUGCGAAAAAGCUGGAGUGGUAUGAAAAGUUUACAGGGGCUGAUGAAGUUAUACCAGUAAGUGCAAAGUAUGGACAUGGAGUGGAGGAUGUAAAAGAUUGGGUAUUAUCCAAACUUCCCUUUGGGCCACCGUAUUAUCCCAAGGAUAUUGUGAGCGAGCAUCCAGAGAGAUUCUUUGUUGCUGAGAUUGUUAGAGAGAAGAUAUUUAUGCAGUACCGAAACGAAGUUCCGUAUGCAUGCCAGGUCAAUGUGGUGAGCUACAAAACUAGACCCAAUGCAAAGGAUUUUAUUCAAGUGGAAGUGGUGGUGGAGAAGAAUUCCCAGAAGAUCAUCCUUAUUGGAAAAGAAGGGAAGGCUCUAAAAACGCUAGCAACAGCUGCAAGGCUCGACAUUGAAGAUUUCCUUCAGAAAAAAGUCUUCCUCGAGGUUGAAGUGAAAGUGAAAGAGAACUGGAGACAGGACGAGGGACUUCUCAAGUACUACGGCUACGGUGGACAAAUACGGGCUCUAUAGCACGCAAUCGCGGUAAGUGGUUUGUAGAAAUUGGCUCCGAGUGUUGGGCAUUUUACUGCUUUGGGUUGAAAUAGGGAAGUGAAGUGUUCUUUCGAACCGACGGUUAUUGUUGGCUUCUGCAUCAAGCCCUCUGGUUAUGCUAACCAAAUGAAUUAGUUAAGGAUCAUUUUCUGAUAGAAUAUGUCAGUAAUUGGAUGGGUUAAAGGGUCAUUAUUCAGAUGCAAUUACCAACCGAUCAUCUAAUUAUUCAAAGUAGUAGUUUUGAUUUUA